AUGUUCUCAGGAUUCGGCUCUAAUAUGUUCAGUGGAGGGACAUUCCAAUCCUCCAACAAAUUUGAAGAAUACUUCAGAUGUUAUCCAAUUGCCAUGAUGCCUGAUUUGAUCAGAAAAGAUGAUGCCAAUUUCGGAGGCAAGAUAUUCUUGCCACCUUCAGCCUUGAAUAAGUUAACAAUGUUACAUAUAAGAUAUCCUAUGUUAUUUGAGAUUCGUAAUGAAUCUAAAGAUCUAAUGACUCAUAGUGGUGUGUUGGAAUUUGUUGCCGAAGAAGGUAGGGUAUAUAUACCGCAAUGGAUGAUGAGUACAUUACAAUUAAACCCGGGGUCUUUGGUUAAGAUCGCCAAUUGUGAUUUGAGCUUGGGGAAAUUUGUUAAGAUUGAACCUCAAUCGGUUGAUUUCUUGGAUAUUAGUGAUCCUAAAGCUGUUUUGGAAAAUGUGUUGAGGAAAUUCUCAACCUUGACUGUUAAUGAUGUGAUUGAAGUUAAUUAUAAUGAUUCCAUAUAUGGUAUAAAAGUUUUAGAAGUCAAACCUGAAAGUUCCAAUCAAGGUAUUUGUGUUGUGGAAACCGAUUUGGAAACGGAUUUUGCUCCUCCAGUAGGAUACGUGGAACCAGAAUACAAACCCACCCAGGUAAAUAAACCUUCGUCUGCAACACCAAUAGAUCCAUCAAGUGUUAGCAGAGCAGCGGGUGCUGCCACUAUGGCCAAGUCUAUAAAUUACGCAAAUAUAGUUGCAGAAGCCUCUCAGGCAAAUACUCAUAGGUUUGGAGGAUCGGGUCAGAAAUUAAGUGGGAAAGCUAUAGAAGAAACACAAACUAAAAAUUAUAAUAUCGAAGAGUUGGAUCCAGAUGCACCACCAGCUCCAUUGCAAUUACCUUCUAACCAAUUAUUCUUUGGAUUUCCAGUAGUAUUGCCUACCCAAGAAGAAAUGGACGGAGAAGGUGCAGAUAAAGAAGCUAAAAAAGGAGCAGUAUUUGGUGGGGCUGGACAAUCAUUGAGGCAAAGUAAGAAGAGAAAAGAUAAGACUAGCAAUUAUCCACCGUUAAAAAAUCACUCGAGAAGUCCUGAUUAUAUUGAAAUAGAUUAA